CACUUUUCAGUACUUUAUUUUCAAUUCAAUGAAUGACCAGUGUUUGUGUAAAUGAGUGUGAAACAAAGAAUUUUACAAUACAAAAUAGAUGAGGCUCAUUAUUGGCCUAUUUUGUAACAUUACUCAUGAGUACGGAAGAGACUCUGUUGAAUCUCGAGUUCGAAAAAUCUACGAUAUCAAUUACGCAUCCUGAUGACGGCGUGGUAUCACUUUCAAGUAGUGCAGAGGACAUUUGUUUAGUACCUGAAAUUGGAUUCGAAGGAACCGUGGAUUCUCCGGGAGUAAACCGUGAGUCGCAGCCUUUGCUUGGCGGCCGCGGAGACGUAGAACUUUCCUUCAAUCAUUUCCCAGAUGACCCACAGUUCAGUGAGCUGGUGUGGCAAGCAGAAGUUGCCAUCGACAAUGGUAUAUUCCCGGAGAGAAUAUACCAGGGCUCGAGUGGUUCCUACUUCGUUAAGAAUCCAGGAGGGAAAAUCAUCGGCGUGUUCAAGCCGAAGGAUGAGGAACCUUACGGGCGCCUCAACCCGAAGUGGACCAAGUGGAUGCACAAGCUGUGCUGUCCGUGCUGCUUCGGAAGGUCGUGCCUCAUCCCCAACCAGGGCUACCUGUCCGAGGCGGGUGCCAGCCUCGUCGACGCCAAGAUCGGACUCAAGAUAGUGCCCAAGACCAAGGUGGUGAAAUUGGUGUCUGAGACGUUCAACUACUUACGGAUAGACAGAGAACGAUCGAGACUGAAGCGGGCCAUCACAGAGCAGUUCCCCAAUCUACGCUUUAACAGAAUGGGGCUGCCUCCUAAGAAAGGAUCUUUCCAACUGUUUGUGGAGGGAUAUAAAGAUGCUGACUACUGGCUGAGACGGUUCGAACAGGACCCACCACCAGAACACCUCAUGAAGAAGUUCCAGUUGCAGUUCGAGCGCCUGGUGGUCCUGGACUAUAUCAUCAGGAACACGGACCGCGGCAACGACAACUGGCUCAUCAAGUACGAGCAGCGGGGCCGCGCCGACCGCGACAUGACUCACCCCACGGAGUGGAGUGGAGAUUCAGACGGUGAUCCAGAGGUUCGGAUAGCGGCUAUCGACAACGGCUUGGCGUUCCCCUUCAAGCAUCCCGACUCAUGGCGCGCUUACCCCUACCAUUGGGCGUGGUUGCCCCAAGCCAAGCGGCCAUUUACACAGGAAACCAAGGAGCUGGUAUUGCCCCUGCUGUCCGAUAUGAACUUCGUGCAAGAGUUGUGCGACGAACUCCACGUGCUUUUCAAGCAAGACAAGGGUUUCGACAAAGGCCUGUUCGAGCGGCAGAUGUCCGUGAUGCGCGGCCAGGUGCUCAACUUGACGCAGGCGCUCAAAGACAACAAAUCACCCGUGCAGCUGGUGCAGAUGCCCGCUGUCAUUGUUGAGAGGUCUAAGGGUGGUUCAGCGUCGACACGGUUCUUCGACUCGUUCCAGCAGCGGUUCCAGCACAAGUCGCCCUUCUUCUCGUGGUGGUGAUAACACGCGCGUGGGGACAGCGCCACGGGACCUAAAAUGGACAUAGCAGGCACCAAGUUAUCAUAUAAUUGUAUAGAACUAAUGUGUAUGUAUGUUGUAGGGUAGCUCCGGAACGGAUGUACGCUCUCGUCGACUUGUUAUUAUAUUAAGGGCAUUCCAAGUUGUAGCUGUUAUAGGAAAAUGUUAGAUAAUUAAAUUUUUAUAUAACGCAAAUCAAUAGUCUGACGAAAUAAUUGAAUUAACAGGCUCAUUUUAUAAAUUUAUUUGUUUUUAUAUUUGCCAUAAAUAAAAAAACAGUUUUGUGUACACAGGAAUUUUAAUGCAUUUUAAGGAAAAUGCAUUAAAAUUAAAUAGAUAGGAUUUUAGAUAAAAUGGGUCGAUGUUUCUAUAAAUUCGAUAUUUGUAUCUCUCGCAAUCUUCUUGUAUGUGUACUGUUUACAUAUUAUUGUCUACCAAAUAGACGACAAAAUCAAAUUUGAUUUUUACCUACGUAUUACAACGGCGCGUAUUUCUGCCGUGAAGCAGUCAUUGUAAUAAAUGUGUAAACAUUAAUGUGUUUCGGUCUGAAGGGCGUCGUAGCUAGUGAAAUUACUGGGCAAAUGAGACUUAAAAUCGUAUGUCAUCAAGAUUACGAGCGCAAUUUUAGUGCAGCUCAGAAUGUUUUGGUCUUUCAAGAGUCCUGAGAGGCACUGCAUUGUAAUGGGCAGGGCGUAUCAAUUACCAUCAGCUGAACGUCCUGCUCGUCUCGUCCCUUAUUUUCAUAAAAAAAAUACCUUACCAUUGUGUUAUAUUAGAAACAGAAUAACGUUGACGGUAGGGACGACACAAAUGUCAAAUAACCACCGAUUUUUUUAAUGUAAUAUGUAAUUAUGAACAGCCUUUGUAUAUUCUUUUGCCUUUUGUACUGAAAGAAAAAACGAGCGGACAAGAAAAGUUAAACUUAAGCUGUCAUUGUUAACUUUAUAUUGUGCUGCUUAGUUUUUUUAUGAGAUAAAGUGACGUGCCCAGUAAGACGUUCAUCUGAUGUUAAGUGAUACGGUUUUUGAUUGAACACAAACUUGAGUGGCCCUGCGGUUGCGGUCGGCACCUAUGAGACAUAGAGGUUGUGUCAUUUGCCCAGUAAUUUCACUAGCUACGGCGCCCUUCAGACCGAAACACAGUAAUGCUUACACAUUACUGCUGCACGGCAGAAAUAGGCGCCGUUGUGGUACCCACAAUAGUAGACUUUUGGUGGACUGUUCGAACAAAAUAAUAUGUAAAAUUAUCAUCGUGUCAAGGAACUAAUCAUUUACUGGAGUGGCAAUACCAAUUUAAAAUUAACGAUUUAAUAAUAGAAGACUAAAUACACAUUUCACAACACGGUACAUUGUUAGAUGUUGAAAUAAAGUCUACCAAGAGAACGCCUAAGAUUGCGAGGGGCAAAUACAGGACUUAUAAGAUUAGAUCGAUUAAUUUGUGAUGAGUUUAUAAAGCAACAAUAGAACACUAGUAAUUGUUAUAAUAUUCUUUAUUUAAUUAAAAAAUAUUUGUUUACACAUUAUAUAUUAAUUGGGCUCUGGCACGAUUCUAUAAACUUCUUAUAAAUUUCUUCAACGCUCAAGAUUGUUCACCAAGGAUAAGAUAUAAGCGAUUCCUACGAGUGUAAUCAGUGGACCCGAGUCGGGGCCAAGGGCCUCAGUAGACCCUUGCAGUGGAAUCGCUCCUCCUCUCAAUGUAAUUUUAGCAAAUUAAUAUCUAAUUAAAUUUUUUUGGUCAGUUCUUAAAAAUAUUUUUAAGACUGUAGUUUGUAUAUAACAUUUAACUGGCCAGUAUAAUUUUCGCUUGUAAUAUUCAAUAGCAAAACAAAGAAGGCAAAAGAAACACAUUAGAAAUUAAUUUUCAUACAACUUAUACGUACGUUUGAUCGAAAUAAAUGACGCAUUUUGACGCAAUAAUACGAAGAAAACUUUGGAAUAUUGUUUUGAAACUCAGCAUGUAUUAUAAUACAUAGAAUGGUUGUUUAAAUCUGCCCACUAUCGUAUGGAAGAAAGUUGUUUAGUUUUGAGCCAAAGUUUUGCCACAUUAUCCUGUACUUGUUAUUUAAUUUAUAAUAUAGAGAGCAAUUGUAAAUCUUGUGUAUAAGGCCUUAUAAAUAUUUUAAUAACAUCCGUGCUGGAGCCUGUAUUUAAGUACCGUAGGUUAUUGUGUCAAGCUUUCAAACAUUAUUAUUGGUUAUUGACGGUUCAGUGUAAACACGGCAAGUAUUGUUUCAAAAAAUAAACAUUUUAAUGUAAUAUAUAGGGGUGAAAGGAAACUCCAGGCUGAAUCUAAACUAAAGUGGUUGCUUUCGUACCCUUUAUCAGAAUAUCAUAUAGUUUAAAUUAUAUUAUCAUGAUUUGUAUCUUUUGAUAAAUUGAAUAUACCAUAUCCAUUGUAAAGUUAGUUUCUAUGCAUCCUCGAGGUUCAAUGUCAUGUAGUGUCGCAAUUCCGGGAGAGAUAUUUUGGGUAAUGUGCUAAAUUCCUUGUUUUGGAACUGAAAAAAAGGAUAAGACAGAUACUUGACUCAAGAAAGUCAGUCAAAUAAUAGGUUAUUGGAAGGCAACCGCUAAACAGGCGCUGGAAUAAUACAUAUUGUUUAUCAAUCCCAAUAAAAGAAAUCGAGAAUGCUUAUAAAAUGUAUAUUUAAAUUUUAUAUUUUAAAGUUAUUAUAACUAUAUAUCGAUACCUCCGUUCGAAAGAGUAACAAGAAAAGUGUUUCAAAAGAAAAAUAAAGAGGUAUGUAAUUUAUAAAAAGAAAAUUUUCUAAACUUAUGAAGAAAUGUUGGAAGUACUAAUCUGCAUUCACUUUUCGACUUCUUUCUUUGUGGUAAUGGUGGGUUAUCGUUUAUAAAACAAUUUUUCAUACUUAUCUCAAACUUACUCAAUUUUUUACUUGUUACACUAUGGAACGGAAGUAUCGAUAUGUAUAACUUUAUGAUAAAUGUCAUAUUAUAUUCAUUCGUUUUCAGUUCGACUGUUUCUCAACCUUAUGUUCCGUUUUGCUCUUUUUAUUAGUCUAGUUUUGAAAUAUUUAUUUACCAUUUCUGGCCAGAUCAAUGCCAUUCCCCACUGAACUGUCAGAAAUGACAGUUUCACAAAAUGACGGCUCUAGUUCGCAUUUUGGCCGCUCGAGUGGAUCUAGUGAAUCGUAUAGUAUAAUCUUAUAUCUUGUUCUGUUACAUAUGAGAGUAGUUAGGAAUUAAUUGGAGGGACUCGCUGUGAGACAAGCAUUUUGAAACUAUUUAUUUUAUUAUAAGAUGAACAUUAUAAAUAAAUAUUUGUUAAAUUGCAUACUACCAUACAUUAUUGAUUUGUCCUUCUGUGAGAUUUGUAUCAAGAAGUGUAUAGACAUUUAAUAGGAUUGAAUUUUGUAUAUAUUUUUAUGUUCCAUGGUUAUUUAUAAUUAUGCAUUAAUUAAUUGGAGAGAAUAUAAUCACAUUGCAUUUUUA